GAGAGAGAGAGAGGAGGAGGAGAGCUCUGUCUUUCCCGGUGCACUUGGCAGUCUAGUUGCGGGCUGCUGUGCUGUUGCUGUCGUGGCGUGGCUGGUCUCGCCAGGCGGGGGAACUUCACCACACUGGAGCCCGGAGUCCCACUCUCUCACCUGCGCAGUUCGGAGCUGCCAUGGCUCUCUCGCCAGGAUUGACUGUCCUAAUUAUUCUGCCGGCCUUCCUGCUGCACACCAGCGGCCUUUACAUCGCCAGUAGCGUUGACUCCCUGCAGCAUAUUCUGGGGGACUAUGGACUGGUAAGGCCGAUCAGUGUGGAUGCAGAGGGCCGCUUUCUGUCACAUGCCGUCUCGGGUGGUCGCGUGGCAGCGGGGCAGUCCCGUAGGCGCCGGAAGAGGGAGGUAGGAGAAGGCAACGAUGAGUGGGAAGGACAUAGAGGAGCCGAGGAGAACAGAGAGUACCAUGCCAGUCAGGAGAGGCUUUACUACAAUGUCACCGUCUUCGGCCGGGAGUUCCACCUGCGCCUGCGCCACAACGCCAGGCUGGUGGCCCCCGGAGCCAAGAUGGAGUGGCACGACGACAGUGACAGCAUUCGGUACUCUGAGCCCCUGCAUAAUGAGUGCCUGUAUGUGGGGGACAUCACAGACACACCAGGAGGCACCGUGGCUCUCAGCAACUGUGACGGACUGGCUGGCAUGAUCAGGACAGAGAAAGAGGAGUUUUUUAUUGAACCAGUGGAAAGGGGCGAUGGAGUAAUAGAAAAAGAGGAGGAUGGAGGAGGAGGGAGGACACACAUCAUCUAUCGCUCGUCAGCUGUUAAGAAAGUGCCCAUCAGCAGCCCAGCGGCGGACUACCACUCCAGAGGUGUAGACCUGGGUGGUCUCAUGGACCUGGAGUCUCUGUACCGUGGCGUGCAGCAGAGCAUCAACAACACACGGGCUUCACGGGUGCGCCGACAGAGUCUGGACAGAGCCUACAACAUCGAGGUGCUGCUGGGCGUCGAUGACUCCGUGGUCCAGUUUCACGGGAAGGAGCAUGUGCAAAAGUACCUGCUCACACUCAUGAACAUCGUGAACGAAAUCUACCAUGACGAUUCUUUGGGAGCAAAAAUCAAUGUGGUGCUGGUGCGGAUAAUCAUGCUGGGCUAUGGCAAGUCCAUGAGCCUGAUUGAACUUGGGAAUCCAUCUCAGAGUCUGGAGAACGUGUGUCGCUGGGCCUUUCUGCAGCAGAAGCAAGACACGGGGGACGCUGAGUAUCAUGAUCAUGCCAUUUUCCUGACACGCCAAGAAUUUGGGCCCACUGGCAUGCAAGGUUAUGCUCCAGUGACGGGGAUGUGCCAUCCGGUGAGGAGCUGCACCUUGAACCACGAGGAUGGUUUCUCUUCUGCCUUUGUGGUGGCCCAUGAAACCGGGCACGUGCUUGGGAUGGAGCACGAUGGCCAGGGAAACCGCUGUGGGGACGAGGUCCCCAUGGGCAGCAUCAUGGCUCCUCUGGUGCAAGCUGCCUUCCACCGCUUUCAGUGGUCCAGAUGUAGCAUGCAGGAGCUGGGACGCUACCUUCAGUCCUAUGACUGUCUUCGGGACGACCCGUUUGACCACAACUGGCCAUCGCUGCCUCAACUUCCUGGUUUGCACUACUCCAUGAAUGAACAGUGUCGUUUUGACUUCGGUGUGGGCUACACCAUGUGCACCGCGCUACAAAAGGUGGGCCAGACAGGAUCGCAGUACCGUACGUUUGACCCCUGCAAGCAGCUGUGGUGCAGUCACCCAGACAAUCCGUUCUUCUGCAAAACCAAGAAGGGCCCACCCAUUGAUGGCACCAUGUGUGGGAAUGGAAAGCACUGUUUUAAAGGUCAUUGCAUCUGGUUGACUCCUGACAUCAUGAAGCAAGAUGGAAACUGGGGAUCAUGGAGCGAGUAUGGCCAGUGCUCACAAACCUGUGGGGGAGGAGUGCAGUUUCGCACCAGAAACUGUGACAAUCCCAAACCAGCCAAUGGUGGCCGGCCCUGCAGAGGGGUAACUUACCAGUUCCAGAUGUGCAACACCAAUGAAUGUGAAGACAUUUACAGUGAUCCCAGGGAGGAGCAGUGUCACGCCUCAGAGUACAUCAACAAGCACCUCUGGCUGCCUUAUGAACACCCAGACCCUAACAAACGCUGCCACCUGUACUGCCAGUCAAAGGAGACCAGAGACGUGGUCCUCAUGGAGAAACUGGUGCUGGAUGGCACACUCUGCUCUUACAAGGACCCGCACAGUGUGUGUGUGCGUGGAGAGUGUGAGAAGGUGGGCUGUGAUGGCGUGGUGGGCUCCUCGAAGCAGGAGGACAAGUGUGGCGUGUGCGGAGGCGACAACUCCAGCUGUAAAACCUUUAAAGACACAAUCAUGCGGACUGCUAAAAAGCAGGGCUUCCUUAAGGUUCUUGAAAUCCCCAGAGGAGCGAGGCAUUUACUCAUUCAGGAGCUGAAAGCCACCUCACACAUUUUUGCUGUUAAAAAUGUGGCAUCAGGACUGUUUUUUCUUAAUGGUGAAAACGACUACCCUGAGUCACGCUCUGUGAUAGAGAAGGGCGUAGAAUGGGAAUAUGAGAAUGACAACGACAAGGAAACCGUCCAGACCACAGGGCCCCUCAGACAUGGAAUUCUAAUAAUGAUGAAAUUGCAUGGCGAUGAGGAUGUCAAUUUGUCGUAUAAAUACAUGAUGAAUAUGGAUGGUGAUUCGAACAUUCAGGACAACAUGCUGGUAGAGGACAGUGCCUAUGAAUGGGCUCCGAAGAGAUGGUCUUAUUGUUCCAAAGCUUGUGGUGGAGGGAAGCAGUAUCUGCGAUAUGGAUGCAGAAGGAAAGUUGACAGUAAGAUGGUUCACAAAAGCUUCUGUAAUAAGUCCAACAUGAAGCCCAGAGGAGACAUAAGAGACUGCAACCAGAAGCCUUGCCCUCCACCCAUCUGGGUGACAGGAGAGUGGCAGAACUGCAGUAAACCCUGUGGAAAGACAGGGAUGCAAGUACGCUCCGUCACCUGUGUUCAGCCUUCAGAGGACAACACAACACGCCUCAUUCACAAUAAACACUGCAGCGAUGACCGUCCUGAGUCCCGCAGGUCCUGUAACCGAUAUCCCUGCCCCACGCAGUGGAGAGUCGGCCCCUGGUCACAAUGUUCAGUGACUUGUGGAAACGGGACGCAGCAGAGGCAGGCACUGUGCCACACCAGGGACAACACCAUAGGACUCUGUCUAGACAGCAAGCCUGACACCAUAAGAGUUUGUCGCCUGGAACCAUGUCGCAAGGGCUCAUCAGACCUCAACAAGAAUGGCAACAUUCUGAUCCAGUGGCUUUCCCGCCCCAACCCCAACUACCCAAGGAUCUCAUCACGCCUACCAUGUAAAGGAGAUCGCUCUGUGUUCUGUCGUAUGGAGACUCUGCAACGCUACUGCUCUUUCCCAGACUUCUGGCGAUUAUGCUGCAAAACCUGCAGCACUAUCAACAGCACCAAACCUGAACCCAACUCCACUGCUACAUCCACCUUCAACAUCACUGUCACACCUACUCCAUCCAAGAACAUUCUCUGCUCCAUCUUCACCACCGCUCAACCCACUAAAACUGCCAUCCCCACUACCUCGACUUCACCAACCACUCACGCCCCAACCCUAAGAACCAUAGCCCUUGAUUCCACUGAAUCUUCAUCAAGAUCAACAAAAACUAUCCCCACUCAUCAGUUACUUCCAACCAGCAUUCCUUUCAUCCCCACUGUCUUUUCAGGAUCUGUUUCACCUUCUACUAACACUCGUUUAGACUUCUCUACAACCCCAGAUGUUUUUUCCAUCAAAUCUUCACUGAGACCCUCAACAACAAUUUCCACUCAUCCAGUGGAUACAGUGAGUUCUCCCUCCUUCAGCACCAAUUAUCCAGCUUCUACAAUUCAAGCCCUUUAUUCCAUCCCAUCUUCAUCAUCUACCACCAAAGAGACUCCCACUCAUCCACCAGCUCAAACAAGCAUUUUUUUCCUCCCAACCAUCUCUCCUAAUGCAAUCACAACACCUUCUACUAGUCAUGCAAAUGCUGAGAUCACAGAGCCACUUUUGCAGAAAACUUCAACUACUUCAACAGCUGGGACAGCAAGUCCCAAAGUCCUUGCAUCAACACCCACUCCUGUGACAAGUCCAAUAGAAAGCACUACUAAAAGAGUCACCAUGCCAAAAUACAAUCCUGAUAGGAAAAUUCAGCCACAAACUAAGAAAAGGGUGGUUCCAUCACAGGAACGUGGAAAAAAGGAAAUCCCACAAAGAAAUACUGCAAAAAAAUAUGUUCCACCAAGGAAUAAUCUUCAAAAGAAAACAAGUACCACUGCAAAAACUGGAACUCCCAAAAAGACUAUUGCUUCACAUUCUAAUGUGAAGAAGGCCACUCCAACAAACAUGAUCCCAACUAAUACUUCAAAGAGUACUCUACCUAAUAGACCUCCAAAGAGGACCAUUCCACCAAAUACUAAAGUGAUAAAGACUAGCCCACCAAGCACCAGUCCCAAAAAAAACAUUCUUCCAAACCCAACUAUGAAAAAGGCCACUCCAACAAAUGCAUCAAAAGAGACUUCUCCAUCAACCCCUACUGCAAAGAAGAAAAGUCUGCAGGAUAAGCCUCCAAAAAAAACUAUUCCAUCAAACACUAAAGUGAUGAAGACUAACCCACCAAGCACCAGUCCCAAAACAAACAUUCUUAGAAACCCAACUAUGAAAAAGAUUGCUCCAACAAAUACAACAUCAAAAGUGACUUCUCCUUCAACUCAUACUCCAAAGAAGAAAACUCUACAGAAUAAGCAUCCAAAGAAGAGCAUUCUACCAAACACUAAAGUGACAAAGACUAACCCACCAAGCACCAGUGUCAAAAAAACUAUUUCAAACCCAACCAUAAAAAAGACCACUCCAACAAAUACAACAUCAACAGCAUCAAAAGGGCCUUCUCCUUCAACUAAUACUGCAAAGAAUACUUUACAGAAUAGGCAUCCAAAGAAGAGCAUUGCACCUAACACUAAAGUGAUAAAGACUAGCCCACCAAGCACCAGUUCCAAUAAAACUGGUCCUCCAAAGAAGAGCAUUCUACCAAAGACUAAAGUGAUAAAGACUAAUCCGCCAAACAUAAAUCCAAAAAAGAAUAUCCUUGCAAAGCCAACUGCAAAGAAGACUCCAUCAAAUAUUACCCCAUCAAACCCUUCAGCAAAGAGGACAACUCCACUAAAUAAUACACCAAACAACAUUUAUCCAUCAAACUCUACAGUGAAAAUGUCCAUUCCAGCAAAUACUACGCCAAGAAUGGCUGUCCCAAAGAAUAGUCUGAAAAAGACUAAUCCACCAUACAGUGGUACCAGAAAUGCAUCUACACCAAAUACAACUCCAAAAAAGACUACAAUAGUUAAUAAUCCUUCGAAAAGGAAAACUCCAAACAUCACUUCUAAAAAGACAGCUCCAACAAAGAACAUUCCAGAGAAAAAAACAAAAUCUUCACCUAAAAAAGAGGUUAGUUUAAAGGCCAAUCCCAAAAAAACUACUGAACCAAAGAAAAGUUUCACAAAACAACCUCAAACAAAGACCAACCUUAAACACAACCCAAAAAAAGCCCCAGAAAGUGCUAAGUCAAAGGUCAAUGUUAAACAGAAUAAAGUGAAGGAGAUAAAGACCAAUCGAAAACAGAAUGCGUCUUACUUUACCACAUCUUCCACCCCUUAUCAGGUAUUGUCUUCCAUGGUUCCUUCCAGCAGCUUUGUACAAAUUACAGUGGUGAGCUUGUCUCCCUCUGAUUCAAAAGUCAGUCCUUCAUUCAUCAACAGGGAUGCAUCGGUCACAGACAGAACUCCAGUCAUGCACUAUAGCAACACAGAGAGAGAGUCUUUUACACCAGACCCUUCUGAUGAUUUCAUAACACCCCUUAAUGAUAUUAACACUGAGGCUGACACACGAACUAUUCCAUCUAGUGAAAUCACAGUGACAAGUAGUGGUGAAGCUACCAGCUGGACUUAUCCAAGUAGUGAUGACAAUAAAGAGUCUUACAGCAGCUCGGGAGUGGUCACAGAAACUGUUGUGCUGGAGGAUGGCCUCUCCAUGGUGAUCCCGAUUACAAACGGAGAGGACACAACAGAGAGAGCCUUUCCACCCUGGCUUGACCUUUCUGACUAUAUCCCUGUAGGUGUUCCCGUUUCUACAAUGACCUCAGACCUUCCUGCCUCCCCAGUUCCCACUGCGGUCCCUCACACAAAGGAAGAACAAGUGACAGUAAGCCCUGAAAUCAUCUCCACUUUGAAACCUCUGCAAAAUGCUGCAGAGAAUAAUGAGAGCAACUCAAUCGCUGCAUUUGAUAACAGAGUCAUUGUUGCAGAAAGUGACAUUUCUCAAAACAAUCUGAUCCCAAGGCACCUCAGAGAACGAACCAGGAACAAACGAAUACAAGAACUUCUGGAGGAGAAACGAAAUUUUCUCCUCAGAAUGAAAAGGGGCAACACAGAACAAUAGAACAGCGGAGAUAAACUCUUCUUGAGUCCAACAAUAUUUUAUAUCGGGCCUCCCAAAGGGAAAAAAAGAAAACAAGUGAAACGCAAAGAUCAGACAAAAAUAUUUUUGCUGAAUGUUGCAGAGUUGGUGCAAUUUGGCAUGUAGACACUGUACUGAGAAAUAAAGAGGUUUGAUAUUGCACAGGGCCUUUGAAAAGCCAAGUUGUUUUCCUUCUUCAUAACCAGGCUAUUGUCUGAGAAUUGAAUCACCAUGUAGAUAAGAUGUAAUGUAUUUUUUAAAUAUUGUUCUUCUACGCACACAGAGAACAGAAUUUAUCACCAAUUGUCUCAAGUUACAGUGUUAAACUACUGCCAGUGACUGCAGCCAGCCCCUCAGACGUUAGCGUCCCAUGAAAUGGUCAUUUUGAUUAAAUAUUUUUUUUUAAGUAGUUCUGGUAAAAUUAGACAUUUACAAAGUUCCUGUUGGAUGUGAUUUAAACCUUUACACUUGUUAGAAUAGUGCUAUUUUCAAAGCAAACAUUUUCUGUAACAUUUCUAAGUUCUCAGGAAUCUAAUUUUGAAAGAUUUUUUACAGGCAUUUGAAAAUAUUUGGUGCUUAACUUUCCCACAAAGCCAAAUAAAAAGUGUUAAAACACAAAGGAAAUAAACAUUCACUGACUGCUUUUUGGUCAAUGAAAUUGUUCUUCUUUCAUCAGUGUUGCCAAAAGUUAAGAUGUUUCUCAUGCAUUUAUUUAUGAAAAGAUACAUAUAGAAAAAAAAGAUUCUCUUAGCUUAACAUCCGAGGACCAGUGUGUUUUUCUCUCUUAAAGUUGUAUUAUUUGUACAUGUUAAGUUACAUCAUCUGAAAAAUCGCCUAUAUUUCUGUACUAUAUAUGUACAUAUGAAAAAGAAGUUAAUGUUAAAUAUUUAUUAAAGUUUAAAUGCUUUUGAUAUGUUGCAA